AUGAUUACUCCCACUCGAGUUGUUGUUAUUGGCGCCGGCUGGGCUGGGCUGGUCGCCGCCAAAACCUACCUGCAAAUCGCACAGUCUCUCAAUCGUCCUCUUGAACUGAUCAUUCUUGACGAAGGUCAAAGCCCGGGUGGAGUUUGGUCCCCCGAGCGUAUCUAUCCAGGUUUGGUGGCCGAAACUCCGAAUGGUUUCUUUGAAUAUAGUGACUAUUCCAUGGACGAGCACCCAGCAUAUGAACGGAUACCUGCUAAACGGGUCUCCUGGUAUCUCGAUGCCUACUCAAGGAAGUUCAAUCUUCGUCGAUACAUGCAGUUCGGUGUCAAGGUUAUCAAGGCUCGUCGUCUGAGUGCGGGCGGAUGGGCUAUUCUUACAUCCACCGGCCAGAAUCUACAAUGCGACAAACUCAUCGUGGCCACGGGCCUUCAAACAAAACCUAAGGUGCCCUCUAUACCUCAGCGAACCUACACCGGUCACUCGAUACACUCAAAAGAUAUUGGCUCUAAUUGCGAGAGACUAAUAGCAGAUUCAACUGUCAAGGAGGUCGUCAUUGUCGGCGGCUGUAAGUCAGCUAUGGACGCCUGCGCCAUCUUCCGAGCUGCGGGUAAGAAGGUGUCAUGGGUUGUCCGUCCAAGCCCAUUUGGCGUCCGCUUUGGACUUUUCGAUCCCAAUCAAAAGCCAAAUAUCAUUGCUGUCGCGAAUGUGCGUCUUUUCAGCACUUUUGCUCCCUCAGUAUUUGACCGUUCCGGACUAUGCUACAAAUUCUUACACUCAGGGCACCACCGAGUCGGGACAAGGAUAAUGAACCGUUUUUGGAAAUCUCUCACUUCUGCUGUCCACACACAGGCGGCAUAUCAGAGCCAGAAUAGUCGCAGGUUACAGCCCGAAAUUUCGGACGCAUUUUGGGAGUCAGCAUAUACUAGCAUAAUCUAUAAAGGCAACCCGUUCCUAAAAUGGCUACAGGAUGACGACCUGGACCGUCUUCAGGUGUACCGAGCUACGCCACUGCGCUUAGAAGGACGAGAUAUGGUUAUGAACGAGGAUGGCCACGAAGUGACAAUCAAGGCCGAUGCUGUGGUUUGGUGCACUGGUUGGCAAUCGAGCCUCGACUUUUUCGAUCCUGAAGAGUCUGCCCGGCUCGGUAUUCCUAUCGCUCUUGAGGAUUGCGAAGACUUCGCCCCCGAUGAAGUCCUGGAAGAACUAGACAGCCGACUGGACCGCGAACAAGAAAUCCUUUCCAUGUUUCCGCAGCUACAAAGCCGGCCGACUAGGCCACGCGAGCCCAGGUAUACUCAGUUCCGGAUGUACCGUCAAGUCUUGUCGCCGGAACUCAUCGCACAGCAAGAUCGCAGCAUUGCCUUUGUCGGAUUCGUGGCCACCCCUCAAACAAGCGUGGCAUUCGAAUUGGUCUCUCUGUGGGCAGUCGCGUGGAUGGAAGACCUACUCGCGAAAAAGGCCACCCCGGAUCUCCAUUCAAUGCAGGAAAACGUAUCUUUGCUCAACGCGUGGACACGGACCCGCUAUGGCUUUCGCGAGUGGAGAGGUCCCGAAUUUGUCUACGAAGCACAAGGCUAUUUUGAUGAGCUCAGUAGAGAUCUCGGCCUUGCAAAAUGGAGAAAGCGGAAAGGAGCAAAGUGGUGGGAGCAGCCCGGCUGUAUGGCGAAAGAAUGGCUUGUGCCAUACCGACCUAGGGAUUACCGGGGUAUGAUAGAGGAAUUUCUUUCGAAUAGGACGAUGUGUCAGGACAGCCUCAAGGAAUCCGAGCCGCUGGUCGAUCAAGGUCUCCUCGAAAAGGCCAUCACAGAAUACAAGGACGGGAGCGACAGCCUAGUCCGAGUACGAACACGGGAAGUUGACACCGGAAGCUGUUAG